AUGUCUACCACUGCUGCUCGGUCAGUCUUGAGGCAAUGCAGGCCCUUACCUCUCUCAAGGUCUCUCGCCACCCAUGCGUCUGCACCGACCAAGGACUGCACGUCAAUUACCCCACCCUAUGCUCAACUCAUCAAAAAUCUGUCGCUUGUCCAGAAACUGCUCAAGGACCGUCCAUUGACUCUUGCGGAGAAAAUUCUGUACAGUCAUCUCUUUGACCCAGCCAGUGCUACCGAUGGGAUUGUGAGGGGACAGACAUAUCUUCAAUUACGGCCGGAGAGAGUAGCCAUGCAGGAUGCUUCUGCUCAGUGCGCGUUGGGCCACACCAGUUUGCAGUUCAUGAGUGCCGGUUUGGGCCGGACGGCUGUCCCUUCGAGCAUCCAUUGCGACCAUCUUAUACAGGCAUCUGUGGGAGCAGAUGCUGAUCUUAUGCGAGCCAUUGAGUCAAACAGAGAGGUUUUCGAUUUCCUAGAGAGCGCGGGGAAGAAGUACGGUAUCGAGUUCUGGAAACCCGGUUCUGGAAUCAUCCAUCAAAUAGUCUUGGAGAACUACGCGGCGCCCGGUAUGCUCAUGUUGGGAACUGACUCGCAUACACCGAACGCUGGUGGUCUUGGUUUGUUGGCUAUUGGUGUCGGUGGUGCCGACGCUGUCGAUGCCAUGACUGGUACUCCCUGGGAGCUGAAGGCACCACAGGUCGUUGGUAUUCAUCUCACCGGUAAAAUGACUGGCUGGGCCACACCCAAGGACUUGAUCCUUCAUUUGGCAGGCAAGCUCACGGUCAAGGGUGGCACUGGUCGAAUUCUGGAAUACUUCGGUCCCGGUGUCUUCAAUCAAUCAUGUACAGGUCUGGCCACAAUGGCGAACAUGGGAGCCGAAGUAGGCGCAACGACGUCCACUUUCCCCUACACACCACACAUGCGCGCCUAUCUCAACGCCACAGGACGAAGCCCAGUUGCCGCCGCCGCCGACGCAGCAGCUUCUCAAGGUUUCUUGAGUGCAGACGAGGGUGCGGAGUAUGACGAGGUCAUUGAAAUCGACCUUUCAACGCUCGAACCCACCAUCAACGGACCCUUCACUCCCGAUCUGGCAACUCCUCUGUCCAAGUUUGGAUCCUUCAUUCAAGAGCAAGGCUGGAAAGAUGAACUCUCAGCCGGACUUAUCGGAUCAUGCACGAACAGCUCGUACGAGGAUAUGACUCGUGUAGCAGAUCUCGCUCGUCAGGCGAAGGCCGCAGGGCUCACGACCAAGCUCAUGCAAAUACAGGUUCCUUUCCUCUGUACCCCAGGUUCCGAGCAAAUUCGAGCAACGAUUGAACGUGACAACGUCACUGAGGCUUUGGAAUCCGUCGGCGCUACCGUCCUCGCUAAUGCCUGCGGACCUUGCAUCGGUCAGUGGAAGCGUGAGGACAAACAGGGCGAAGAGAAUGCUAUCCUGACCUCGUUUAACCGUAAUUUCAAGUCCCGCAACGACGGUAACCGCCUGACGAUGAACUUUCUCGCCUCCCCCGACAUCGUCACUGCCAUGUCCUUCUCGGGCAAACUCUCCUUCAACCCCAUGACUGAUUCCAUCACCACCCCCUCCGGCGAGUCCUUCAAAUUCACCCCACCAUCAGGACAAGAGCUUCCCGCUGCCGGCUUUAUGGCAGGCGAUACCUCGUACUACCCCACACCGACCCCGGAGCCCGUACCAGAAACGGAGGUAGUGAUCAAGGAGGAUUCGCAGAGACUGGAGGUUUUGGAGCCGUUCGGCAGUCACUUUGGGGAAGAGAGCGGGAAUGCGAGGGGGCUGGAGUUGCCGGCCUUGAAGGUUUUGAUGAGGGUCAGGGGAAAGUGCACGACAGAUCAUAUCUCGGCUGCGGGCCCUUGGUUGAAAUAUAAGGGUCACUUGUCGAACAUCUCCGAGAACCUUUUGAUCACUGCCGUGAACGACGAGGGUGGUGAAGUGAACAUCGCAUUUGACCACGAGCACGGUCCCUCCCAAAGCGAGGCCGACACGAUCCCGGGAGUGGCCAAGCGCUUCAAAGCACGCAACCAGCCAUGGGCUCUCGUCGUCGAUGAAAACUACGGCGAAGGAAGUGCUCGUGAGCAUGCUGCGCUCCAACCCCGAUUCUACGGAUGCGCGAUGAUCAUUGCCCGGUCAUUUGCCCGUAUUCACGAAACUAACCUCAAAAAACAAGGUGUCCUCCCCGUCUGGUUCGCCGACAAGGCCGACUACGAACGUAUCGGUUCAGGUGACAUUGUCGAGACUAACGGACUCGCUGCUCUCCUCGAAGGAAACACCGAUGCUGCUAUUACCGUCAAGGUCACCAAACACACCGGCGAGACGUUUGAGAUUCCGGUGAAGCAUACUAUGUCGACCGAUCAGCUUAAGUGGCUGAGGGCUGGCUCAGCAUUGAACUAUAUUCGCUCGCAACUUGCAUGA